GACGCUAAAGCUAUUUCCGACGCUGCGCGCCUUCAAAGGAAAAUCUCGCAGUAGGCGAUUUUCUUUGCCAGUCACACUCGUAACGGCUGGAACUGUAACUGUAUUUUAUUUAUCGGCACGCGACGCCUCGACCACCUGAUAUCGAUUAAAUCAUUUAAUAAUAGAGACAGAGAGAGGGAUUUGAUCGAUUAAAUAAUUGAUCCGAUCGGAUGCGGUAUGUCACACGAAUGCGUCGACGCAAUAAUUGACAAUCGCAAUUGACAACAAUAAAUUUAACAAAAAAGAGUGCUACAACAGUAAUUGUAUGUGAUGUGACAACAAUAUGUAACGCAUUUAUUUGUGACAAUUGAAUAUCGUGCGCCGCAUCAUAACAAUGAACCAUUCAAAUGUCAAAACAUUAAGAAUAUCAUUAUGAUUUUUAAAUUUAGUGCAUAAUGAUUUACUUAUUCGUGUGUUGAAGAUGCGAAUGCUUCUUAUACGCAUAAUCCAUGAUUUAUAGUUUCCUUUUUUAAACAUUUCCGUUCAUGUUUCCUGGAAUACUCAUCGUUAAAAUAUGAAAACGUCUGUGAUAUAAAUGAAAAUACAGAAAUAAAAGACAAAUGCAUAACAAGAAAAUUAAUAUGGAUUCGGAGUUAGAAGACAGGAAGGAUCCGAACUCAGAGAUGACAGUGUCUAUUUUGAGAAGAUCCCCUACCCCCAAUCGUGAUUGCCCAUCUGUUAUGACUCAACAAAGUAACGAUUCCAGUCCAUCUUCGUUAGAAAGAAUGAAACUGGAAUCUUACAUCGAGAAGAUAAUCACUGAAUCACCUCAGUCGUCAGAUUCGACUGAGGAUGAGCCUUCAUCAGGCCAAUCUGUGGACAGAAAUCCUUUCGAUUUCAGCGAAGCAAAGUCUCCUUCCGUUAGCCACAUUCAAUCAGUUGACACCAACGAGUCAAUUAAGAAUUGGUUGCAACGAAUAACUAAUAUGCAAAAUGAAAUAAACCGAAAAUUAACAUCUGAAGCAGCUUCUUCGCAGACAACUUCCAACGCCUCAUGUUCCGACUUUAUGACCAGAAAUAUUUCUUCUUCGAGGUCUUCAAAUAUUCAUCAUCAGUCGGAGAAGAUAGUGAGGUAUCAAGAUUUGCCUUAUAUGGGUGAAAUGACAUUGGACAACACGAAACCGAGACGCGGUAGAAAGCCCAAGAAAGCCGACAUUUGCCAUUUGAUUUAUAAGAAUUAUGGGACCAUUUUUCCUGGAACGCCCGAAUCAAAAAACCCAACUGAUCGGGACAACAAAAAGAAAACGACUGAUAACAGUAAUUUGGAUAAAGGCAGCUUUUUACCCACUUCGCUUAGCAAAACUGACGUCCAAAAUAAGAUAAUAAGCAGUUUACUGGAAAAAAGACUGACACAAGAGACCAAGAGGGUUUCCGAGAGUGCGCGGAAGACAGCAGAAAGUUUGGGCAAAGCGGAUGAUAACACCAACGAACCUCUUAAUCUUUGCAUACGUGACAUGAAUCAACUAAAAAUAAGAUUACAAAAGAGGCAUUCGUCAAGUGCUUCAACGAACGUUCUUCCAGAGUUGAAACACGAACUACCUAGUGAUGACGAAAGUGAAGCAGCUAGUGAUACUGUGUCCUCCCCAUUUUUUCCUGACUUAGGCAAUACGAGAUUAGGUUUCCCAAAUAAUUUAUCUGGUUUUGGUGAAGCAGACAUCAGCAAGGUGUCUGAAAACGGAGUUCAACCUGCUGGUUACAUUUACUGGCCCCAUGCCGGGGUCUUCAUCCAUCCCAUGGCACUUCAACAGCAUUUACUUUAUUACCAGCGAAUGGCAGCCUCGAAUAACUACACCCUACCAAGCCAUAGUCCCAGACCGCCACCCGAAGGAUCACCUACCUCAGAAAAGUCAUCUUCCAGUCUAAGGAAAAUCAGACCUAAAAAGACCGAAGUUGAAGACGACACUACCCUUGACCAGAAAACGAAAAGAAAUCUACCUUCCGCAGACAAAACCCCAACGAAAAGAAAACGGUCAGCCAUUUUUAUCCCCCCAAUUCCUUCGGAGAACCAGAACAAUCCAGCUACCGAGGUCAGCAUAGGAAAAUUCAAGUUUACAGGAGGAGCAAAGCCUACUCUUCAGGAGAAGAAAAUGCUUUCGGUGGAUUCAGGGGGUAACUUUCGUUACUAUAGUGGCACCGGUGACAAGAGCAUGAGGGGCUACGAAUUCUUUCCCAGAGAAACGUUACAGCAACAGAUCGUAAAUGCUCAGGGAUCAAGUACAGGUGCCUUUCUUCAUGCCAGUGGUGAGAAGAUAUAUCCAGGGAGUCCCGAUUGUUCAGUCAAAAAAGGACCAAACGAUUUUUUAAUCUCUACAGAUAUUCCAUCGUCAGCUCUAAGCCCUUCCAGCGAGGCAGCCCAAAGACAAAAGAAACGAAAAUCCCGAAAGUCCCUUCAAAGGGAAAAAUUGGAACAAACAUUCAAAGAAAAGGGAUUUCUCAUACAAACUCAACAGUUGGAGUCAGCUGAAGGAGCAACUUAUUGUAAGUUUCGUCAAUUGAGGAAGUUCACCAGAUACCUCUUCAGGAGUUGGAAAGAUUAUCUUCCAGGGAAUGUCAGGGAACUUCAAGAAGGAGAAGAGGCAGAAGCUAUGGAUAACAUUGAAGAUUUUUCUAAUUUUCAAGCUGACGGGCUUGUUAGUGCCAACAUGAACUCGCCCAUAAAUUAAAAUUAACCAAAGACUCCAAAAUCCAGUGAUAAUUAUUUUGUAAUUUAAUUCGAGAAGCUAAUCGCAAUGGUGCUAAUAUUGUUGUGACUUUAGGAUUAAGACACGAAGUCUAGUCGUUUUUCUAUAAACAUAAUAUAUAUAAUUACAAAUGAUUUGAAGAACAUUUUUGUUUUAUAAUAAGUUACAACUGAGUACUGAAGUUAUUACUUCAAACUUAUUUUAUGAUAAUAAACUAUUUUGUUAUUGCCAAUGAAAUUAAA